AUGACGACUCCUCGCCGCCACAGCGUGGCAGUGUGGCGGCACGACGACGUUGAGAUCAUACCCAACUAUCAAGAUGCGAAGAGGCUGAUCGGCCGCAAAUUCAGUGAUCCAACGGUUAAGUGUGACGUAAAACUUUGGCCAUUCAAGGUCAUUCCUAACCCCACCGACAGGCCUAUGAUGGUAGUAGCAUACAAAGGGGAGGAGAAACAGUUAACAUAUGAAGAGAUCUCCUCAAUGGUGCUCACCAAGAUGAAGGAUACCGUCGAUGCAUAUCUUGGAUCGACAGAGAAGAAUGUUGUGGUGACACUGCCUAAACUUACAUUUAUAUUUUUGAUUUGUGUUUAUGCAGUGCGUGUAGGGGUGAUUAACCUGUUAUCAGGUAUCGGUGGGAGCAUUCUAUCUUCCAUUUUCAUUAGGAAUACCAUCUCUCUUGGAGCUUCUAGUGCUCUAUUUGGACUUCUUGGAGCAAUGUUAUCAGAGUUAUUUACUAACUGGACUAUUUAUACAAACAAGGCGGUAGCUCUUUAUACUCUAAUUGUCAUAAUUGCAAUCAACUUGGCCGUUGGAAUUCUUCCACCUGUUGACAACUUUGCACAUAUUGGAGGCUUUCUUUCUGGUUUCCUCCUUGAAUUUGUGCUUUUCGCUCGUCCCCAGUUUGGUUGGUUGGAAAGCCGAAAUCGCCCAACUGAUACCAGGCUGAAAUCCAAAUACACGGUCUACCAAUACGUUUUCUGGAUUGCUGCCACUAUUUUGUUGAUUGUCGGAUUCAUAGUGGGAUUGGUUAUGCUGUUCAAGGGCAAAAAUGCCAACGACAAAUGCAGCUGGUGUCAUUACCUGAGCUGCGUGCCUACAUCAAGAUGGAGUUGCGACAACUGAUGUGGAUUUCUCAGCCGGUUUGUGUUUGUUGUUGUUGUAUAUUUUUGGCCUUAUUUCGACUCAUUUCAUGG